CGUUUUGUCGGACCGAGGAGGAACGCUUCACUGCUUUUGUUUGGGCUCUUUUUAACUUCGCCUUCUCACCGCAAUGUUUUCACCGAGGAUGUUGUUGUUGCGGUCUUCUGCGUCCUUGACAACUAAACAUCUGUGCACGGGCGCAAGGAAAGGAAGGGCACCCGACAUGGUUGAAGGUCAGACGGCCUAUUUGAUUUUGGAUGCACCUUUCAACACAAGUGACUAAAUAUCCUCCAUCUAGCGUUAGAAUGCAUUUUGUAGUUUUCAUAAACACACAAAAGAGUCACUUACUGCAAAAUGGAAGACUUGUUUGUGUUUCUCCACAGGAAACCCACUCUUGCACGUAUCAAAUGGUGUGUUGGUAAACCCAGGCCAAUCUAAAAGCACAGUAACGUCAUGAUAAUUAGCGCUAAUUGCACGUUAAUUCUCUGCGGCAUGCCUCCUGGAUGGCUGGCGGACCUUUUAGCUGCUGCAUCUUCUUCCAGUGCGAAACAGGCUGAGAGAAAUCGUGGGAGCUUCCACCAACUGGAGGUAUGUAACCAUUAUGAGUUACGACGACGAUAUCUGGCAUUUAAUGUUGCUCAUCUCACCACCUGAUGUUUUUAAAGGUCCCCUGGCCCAUGCAAAAGUCACCUUUUAAUGACAUUUUAACAGUGUUAUGUGUCCCAGGAGCCUGCUUAUGAGCACCAAACUUGAGAAAAAAAGUUUUUUAUCUCUCUCACUUGUUUGCUCCACUUUUGAGGGAAGAGGAGCUCAAACACUCGCUUUUGAAGUUGAGGCUCAUUAGCAUUAAAGCGACAGAAACACAAAGGGUUUACUAAACAAGUUAAACAUAUCAAACCGUAUAAAUUCUGGACACCACACUUCUGAGACAUACUGUAUUUUAAAUUUGUGAAAAAAUACUGUGUUUAGCAUGAGACGCUGCCCUCUGCUGGUGCGCAGCCAGAAGUGCACUGAAAUAUUUCUUAUGCACAGCGACCACCAGCAGGCCAUGACAGAGCGCGUCUCCCUCUCCUCCAUGUUGGCCAAGUCCCAAAGCGACCUUCCCGUCAAGAGCAUGAAGGACAGCUUCCUGGAAGUCCACCUGCCUCUGGGCUCUGAACCACAGCUCAGAGAGAAGUACCUGACCUUCCACAACACCGUCAGGUUUGGACGCAUCCUGGAGGAUUUGGAUAGUUUAGCAGUGCUCAUCUCCUACUCACACACUUACAAUCCAGCCCUGAAGAGGUCGCCAUUGUCUAUUGUCACCGCCCUGGUGGACAAAAUAGACAUGAGGCAGCAGGUCAUAUAUCCCGACUGCGACAUCAAGUUCACUGGUCAUGUGACGUGGGUGGGAAAGACCUCCAUCGAAGCCAAGAUGCACAUGACACAGUAUCGAGAUGGAGCUUAUUCUCCGGUACUGGAUGCGACAUUUGUCAUGGUGGCUCGAGAUCCAGAGAACAAGAGAGCGGCGUUUGUCAACCCACUGAGGCCACAGGGUCCCGAGGAGGAGGAAAUCUUCCAGCAGGGAGAAGCUAACAAGUCUCGCCGCGUGGAACUGAGCACCGCAUCCCUCCUGAAGGUGGCUCCCACGGCCGAGGAGAGGAAAAUAGUCCACGGCCUCUUCCUCAACACUCUGGACACCAAGACGGUCAGCUUCCGCAGCCGAGUGUUGCCUCCCAGCUCGGUGUGGAUGGAAGACGCUAAACUCAAGGGGCUGGAGAUCUGCCACCCUCAGGAGAGGAACAUCUUCAACAGGAUCUUUGGUGGCUUCCUCAUGAGGAAGGCCUACGAGCUGGGCUGGGCCAACGCCUGCUCCUUUGGGGGGUGUCGCCCCAGCCUGGUGGCCGUUGACGACAUCCUUUUCCAGAAGCCUGUGGAGAUCGGUUCCUUGCUGAUGCUCUCGUCACAGGUGUGCUACACGGAGGGGAAGCACAUCCAGGUCAGAGUUCACAGUGAGGUCUUUGACCCGCUCGCACGGCAGCACAACACCACCAACGUCUUCCACUUCACCUUUGUGUCGGACCGUGACGUUCCCAGCAUCGUCCCUCAGACGUACGGAGAGUCCAUGUUGUACCUGGACGGGAAGCGCCACUUCAACCAAACAGUGGACCAAUGACAGCACCUUUCUCCAAGACACGCUUCAUACAUUAGUGUCCUGUUGUUUACAUUUGCCUCAUUGGGAACAUGCUUUACAUCCACGUUACUGACUUCCUUUUCUUCUCGCUGUUUGGACGUGACUUGUCAGCAUCUACUUCCUCACGCAUGGCACCUGACUGACUUGAUGCACUGCUUUCAUGUUUAUUAUCACAUAUAUAUUUAUAUUCUGCUUGGACUCUGUUACAUUCUUCACUUGGCUGCUGUUUAGGAACAACUUUUAUUUUUGCCAUUGAGUUGUGUAUGAUGCAAAUAAAUGGAUUCUUAUUUUGA